AUGGAUGCCUGUGACUUGGCCGGUGGGGGCGGCUUGGAGGAUGGCGGGGCCGGGGGAAUCCCUGCGCGAGGCAUGCGCGGUCGCGUUGGCUUCCAGCGCGAGGCGGGCGCCGCGAGCACAGCAGGGACGGGCUCCCCGCGCGAGGCCGACGCGUCUGGGGCGGGCGUCGCAGCCCGGCCAGGGGCGGGCACCGCGCGCAUGACCAGCGCGGCCGGGGCAGGCACUGCUCGCAUGGCCGGCGCUGACAGGGCUUUAUCGUCACACGAGUGGCCUAUGCGGCCAAGGCGGGCGUCGCACGCGAGUUUGGCGCGGCCAGGGAGGCCGGCUGUACAGGGUGAGUUCACCCUUGUUUUCCAUAGCAAAGUAUUUUAA